AUGCAUCUAAAUGAUCGCUGCAUUAGAGAUCCAUUGUUUUCUCUUGGCCUCCCCUGUGGCAGCCCUCCCCCAGUGCAAAAUGGCUUCAUACCAAACCAGAAACCUAACUAUGGACAUGGGGACACAGCACGUUAUGAAUGCAGGCACCCUUUGGGCCUCAUCGGGAAAGCAGAAGUGACAUGUCUAAGUGGGAAGUGGACAGACCCACCUGAGUGCACGGCAAUGACUUGUCCUAGCCCACCCAGAUAUGACAACGCCAUCCUCACAGGCCAGAAGAAGAACUCAUAUAAGUCAGGAGAACAAGUGACUUAUCGAUGUCCAAAAUAUUACCAAAUGGAAGGAUCCAAUAUUGUACAGUGUAUGAAUGGCAGGUGGAUAGGAACACCCACAUGCAAAGAUGUCUCCUGUGGCAGCCCUCCCUCAGUGCAAAAUGCCUUUAUACCAAACCAGAAGCCUAGGUAUCAACAUGGGGACAUAGCGCAUUAUCAGUGCAGGCACCCUUUGGGCCUCCUUGGGAAAGCAGUGGUGAUAUGCUUAAGUGGGAAGUGGACAGACCCACCUGAGUGCAAGGAGGCCACAGGACAAUGUGGGCCCCCACCUGCUAUUGACAAUGGAGACAUUACCACGUACCCAUUAGCAGUCUACGCUCUCUGGUCUUCAGUGGAGUAUCAAUGCCAGGCCUCCUAUCAACUUAAGGGAAACAGGAGAAUAAUGUGUCGUGAUGGACAGUGGUCUGAGCCACCCAAAUGCUUAG